AUGGCGUCUCAUUCAUCGACGCCCACCACGACAGAUACGUGGACCGGUUCUGGGAAGACCGGCGACGUCGAGCGAGACGGCGACAUCCAUGGCUCCAAAACUCAUCGCUUCAUUGAGAAGCACUCACAGGCGCCUCACACGCCAUCCGAACCCCCAAGUCCAACUUCAGACACCGGCCCAUCAGGAAAUGAAGCACUGGCAGAACCAGAAGCCGGGCGCACCAAUGUCGAGACCUUCCUCGUUGUCCUGGCUCUGUGUCUGGCGCUCUUCCUCGCCGCCCUCGACAUGACCAUCAUCACCACCGCCAUCCCGACGAUAUCGAGCACCUUCAACUCCAGCCUGGGCUACAUCUGGAUCGGCUCCGCCUACCUCCUCGGCAAUGCCACCUUUGUGCCGACAUGGGGCAAGAUUUCAGACAUUUUCGGCCGGAAACCCGUCCUCAUUGGUGCCGUCGUCAUCUUCUGGAUCGGCUCGCUCCUGUGCGCCGUGAGCAAUAGCAUGGGCAUGCUGAUUGCCGCGCGAGCUAUUCAGGGCAUCGGUGGCGGCGGGACCAUUGUGCUGCCCAACAUUUGCAUCUCAGACUUAUUCUCUAUGCGCAAGCGUGGCAUGUACUUUGGCAUUCUCGGCGGUGUAUGGGCCAUUGCAUCUGCCGUUGGCCCUGUACUCGGAGGUGUCUUCACGAGCAAAGUGUCGUGGAGGUGGUGCUUCUACAUCAACCUGCCCCUGUCGGGCGUCGGCAUCCUCAUUUUGAUCUUUGUGCUGAAGCUGCAUAACCCGAGGACGCCCGUGAAGCAGGGCUUGCUGGCGAUUGACUGGGCCGGAAGCUUGCUGAUCAUCGGCGGCACUCUCAUGUUCCUCUUUGGCCUGGAGUUUGGCGGUGUCCAGCACCCCUGGGACUCGCCCACCGUCAUCUGUCUGAUUGUUUUUGGCGUCAUCACCAUUGGCCUUUUCGUCGUCUACGAAUCCAUGUUUGCCAAAUACCCCAUCAUGCCGAUCUCGCUGUUCCGCCAUCGAACCAGCGUCGCCUCCUUCUCGCUCUCCUUCAUGCACGCCUUCACCUUCAUGGGCGGGAGUUACUGGCUGCCUCUGUACUUCCAGGCCGUCAUGGGCGCGACGUCCCUUCUCUCGGGCAUCUACUUGCUCCCCUUUGUGCUGUCGCUCUCCAUCACCUCUGCGAGCUUUGGCAUCAUCAUUAAGCGCACAGGUAACUACAAGAUCCCAAUCAUGUUUGGCCUCGCCGUCAUGACGCUCGGUUUCGGCCUCCUCGUCAGCCUGGGCGACGACCGAAACUGGGCCAAGAUCGUCAUCUUCCAAAUCAUUGCCGGCAUCGGUGUCGGCCCCAAUUUCCAGUCCCCCCUCAUCGCCCUGCAGACCAACGUUGAGCCGCGCGACAUUGGGUCAGCAACAGCUAGUUUCGGCUUCCUCCGCCAGCUGGGCACCUCCAUCUCGGUCGUCGCCGGCGGCGUCAUUUUCAAUAACCAGAUGAAAGCUCAGGCUGGAACCUUGCAGCGUGAGCUUGGCCCGCAGCUGGCCAGCAUGUUUAGUGGUUCUCGUGCCGCCGCCAGUGUGCACCUUGUCAGAACUUUACAGGGCCAUGAUGCUGCGGUGGUGAAGAACGCCUACUGGAAUUCGCUGCAGAAGAUGUAUAUUCUGUUUACGUGCACUGCCUUUGUGGGCUUUUUGAUGAGUUUUGCUGUGAAGCAGAAGAGUUUGAGCAAGGACCACACCGAGCACAAAACUGGGUUGCAGUCUUUGAAGCAGAGGAACGACGGCAGUGCUGCUGAGCCCGCAGGUAAAGAAGCCUCUUGA